AUGGUGAGUAUCUCUGUUGUGACUGACUGGCAGGCAAACAUUUCCACCACGCCCGUGCAAACUACUGUUCAGACUCUUGAGAGAAUUGGUGCUCACUCACAUGUGCGUGGUCUGGGACUGGACGAGCGUCUUGAGCCUCGUGACAGUGCUCAGGGUAUGGUCGGUCAGCAUGCGGCACGCAAGGCUGCUGGUAUGAUUGUGAAGAUUGUACAGAAUGCCAAAAUUGCUGGUCGUGCGGUCCUUAUGGCUGGCCCACCGGGUACAGGCAAGACUGCCAUUGCAAUGGGUAUGGCACAGACGCUGGGCGAGGACGUGCCCUUUACUAUGCUGUCUGCGUCGGAGGUCUUCUCCCUGGAAAUGAGUAAAACGGAGGCUCUGAUGCAGGCCUUCCGCAAAUCUAUUGGAGUUCGCAUUAAGGAAGAAGCUGAGAUCAUUGAGGGUGAGGUUGUCGAAAUUCAGAUCGACCGCAGUCUCACGGGAGCCACCAAAACGGGAAAGAUUGUUAUCAAAACUACCGAUAUGGAAACUGUUUACGAGCUUGGUAACAAAAUGAUCGAUGCUUUGCAGAAGGAGAAGGUGACGGCUGGUGAUGUGAUCACCAUCGAGAAAUCCAGUGGCCGUAUUACAAAGCUGGGCCGCAGCUUCGCUCGUUCGCGCGAUUACGAUGCGAUUGGUAGCGAUACCAAAUUUGUUCAGUGCCCGGAAGGAGAACUUCAGCGCCGCCGUGAGGUCGUUCACACUGUCUCGUUACAUGAAAUUGAUGUCAUUAACUCGCGCUCUCAGGGCUUUUUGGCCCUCUUUGCGGGUGAUACCGGUGAGAUCAAACCGGAGCUUCGGGAUCAAAUCAAUGCCAAAGUAGGCGAAUGGCGUGAAGAAGGGAAAGCAGAGAUUAUUCCUGGUGUUUUGUUCAUUGACGAAGUGCAUAUGUUGGACAUUGAAUGCUUUUCGUUCUUGAACCGCGCAUUAGAGUCGGAGCUCGCGCCACUGGUUGUCAUGGCUUCCAACCGUGGUCAGUCACGUAUCCGUGGCACCCGCUUUACGAGUCCCCAUGGCAUUCCUAUCGAUUUGCUGGACCGCAUUUUGAUUAUCAGUACGAAACCCUACACGGAAUCUGAAGUGCGUCAGAUCCUGUCCAUCCGCGCACAAGAGGAAGAUGUAAACCUAAAGCCAGAGGCCCUUGAUGUGCUCAUGCGCAUGGCCAUGGAGACUUCGCUGCGGUAUACAAUUAAUUUGAUCACCACAGCUUAUUUGGCUGCAAAACGGCGCAAGUCGGAUAUUGUCGACGUGGCAGAUGUCCGUCGCGUGUACAAUCUAUUUGUGGACGAGAAGCGCAGCGUGCAGUACCUUCAGGAACAUGCAGCUGAAUUCCUCAGUGAGGAAGUGGCGUAA